CAAACCUUGGGUGGGUAGCGAGGAACUGAAUGUUAUGUGUUGGAGAAGAGAGAAGAAAUUUGAGAAGUGGAAAGGCGCAAAGCAAAGGAGAAGAAGCAGCAAAUUAACAUUAACCAACUCAUCUCAUCCAUUCAUUCAAUUCUCAAAGCCUCAACAUUUUGCUUUGCGUCUAAUUAGGGUUUUCAUGUUCUCCCAAACACUUCCUUUUCCCAGAUCCAACACAACUCAAGAAGCGAUUUUGAUUUUACCACCAUGAACAACAAUAUCAACAACCCAACGAAGAAUGCUGCAACCCCGUCGUUUUUCGCCAAUCCCGGUGUACCCUCCAUCCCCAUGAACCACCCAUCACCGCACCUCCUCUCCCAACCCCAAGGCGCCGCCGCCGCCACCACCACACACUUCCACGGCCACUUCCAGCUCUCACAACCCCAAACCCACGUGGUGGCACAACCGCACGUGCACAACAAUGCCACCACCAACACCCACGUGUCACCGCCACCCCCUGCACCCCCGAAGCGCGCAAAUCAGAAACCCCCUUCACGCCCUCCCGCUUCCUCCAACGCCACCCAAUCCUCUGCCUUCAAGACCAUGGAACUCACCGUGGCUCCUCCGAGAAAAAAGAGAAACUUUCCCGACAACCUAAUUCCCCAAAAAAUCGCAAACCUUGUUCCCGAGUCUGCUAUUUACGCCAAGUUGCUUCAGCUCGAGUCUCACGUGGAUUCUGCUCUCGUUAGGAAGAAAAUCGACGUGCAGGAGGCUCUUAAAAACCCUUCCUGCGUUAGGAAAACGCUUAGAAUUUAUGUCUAUAACACGUUUUCGAUGGAGGACCCUUCUUGGGUGCUUAGGAUAACCGGAAGAGUGUUGGAAGAUGGUAAGGACCCUGUUGCAGAUGGAAUUCCGCUGAAGGAGAAUCCAAAGUUCUCUGCUUUCUUCAAGAAGAUUACGAUAUAUUUGGAUCAGGGUUUCUAUCCGGAGAAUCAUGUUGUUGUAUGGGAUAAUGCUCGUUCGCCGGUUCAACGCGAUGGGUUCGAGGUGAAGAGGAAAGGAAACAAGGAAUUCACUGCUGUCGUGAGAAUGGUGAUGAAUUAUUCGCCUGACAAGUUUGUGGUUUCAGCUCAAUUGUCUAAAGUUUUGGGGAUUGAGUUUGAUUCGCGGUCUAGGAUCAUAGCUGCUCUUUGGCACUAUGUGAAGGCUAAGAAGCUUCAGAGCCCGAAUGACCCUUCGUUUUUCAUGUGUGAUGCUUCUCUCCAAAGGGUGUUUGGGGAGGAGAAGAUGAAAUUCUCCGUGGCUUCGCAGAAGAUAUCGCAGCAUUUGUCGCCGCCGCAGCCUAUACACGUGGAGCAUAAGAUCAAGCUUUGUGGAAAUGGUCCAUCCGGAACUACUUGUUAUGAUGUGCAGGUUGAUGUGCCUCUUCCGCUAGAGAAGGAUAUGUCUGCAUUCUUGGCAAGCACUGAGAGGCACAAAGAGAUUGAUGCUUUUGAUAAAGUGAUAUGUGAUUCCAUAAAGAAGAUCAAUGAACAUAGUAGGAGAAGGGCGUUCUUUCUCGGCUUUAGUCAGUCCCCAGCGGAGUUUAUUAAUGCUUUGAUCGCUUCUCAGAGCAAGGAUCUGAAGCUUGUUGCCGGUGAUGUGAGCCAUAAUGUUGAAAAUGAACGGCGUUCUGAGUUCUACCAACAACCGUGGGUUGAGGAUGCUGUUGUUCGCUACCUGACCCGGAAAAAUGCUCGAAGUGAUACUCCUGGAAGCCUCUGAGGGGAAAUUGUGAAAUAGUUAUUUUUGUUUUUAUUUUUAUUUUUGGCUGGCGGAAGGGGUUAGUUUUCUGAUAUCACUUCAAGGUCUUGUCCCAACAUUUCUAUAAUUUCUAAUCCGUGCUCAUCCUUUCUUCAUUUUUGUUGGAGAGUAGAGUACUAACAGGGUAUAUUGACCCAACAAUUCUGAUCGCCCCUGGCUCAUUUUUGGAGUCCCUCAACUGUAUCUGUAUCUAUUGGUUCUCUUCUACUUUUCUUCUCUCCGAUUCUAGUUUGGCAAAAUGUUGCAAGAGCAAUGAGCCAACAACUUAGGUAGCUUCAUUGUUUUCACAGUGGUAUAUUUAAGUGUUAUGGAUUAGAUUUCUACGUUGUCCUUUUUUCCAGGCAUGCAGAAUGUAAGGAUUAGACAAAUGUCUCCGCACUUCAAGGAGCUAGAUUUUACUGUAUUUAUUUGAAUGUAUAAUUAUCGAUCGGAAAAUAAUAUUUAGACACCCAUGAUGCUAUGUGACACUUGGUGAGAGGGAGAUAAAAAGAGAAAAAUAUAGGUAUUAUAGGUGAUAUGGUUCGAGUAGGAGAGAUAUUGAGAAAAAUAAUGGGUGUUGGUUAGGUGUCUAAAAAUCAUUAUUCUUAUUUAUUUCUCAAAAUCAAGACAGGUGUUUAUUUU